GGGGCCCAGUAAUUUCUAGUUACGCCACUGAUCAGUCCCAUUAAUAACUUACUGAGGCUUUCAUUCAGUCGGCAUCUGAUAUAAGAUUUGAUUCCCCACACCCCAUAUUGCGGUUUUAUUCAGACUAGUUUCGAUGCACGUGACGUAUUAUUACUCCAGUGUGUGUGCGUAAUGUAUUAUUGUUAUUGCGUGGUGCAAGGGCAGUAGGAAGGCUGCGGGAAGCAGGGCGCCAUGUGUUAGCUCACGGUAAGGCUACCACACCGGCCUCCCCUCCCCCGCCGAUCUCCGAGCUAUACUUGCUGACUGAUUACUAUGGAUGAACAUGGCAGCGAGGAGGAGCCCGGCGAGGUACAGAACGAGAGCUAUCGGGGUCAGGGUCGUGUACUGCUCCUCACAAUGUGUGCAGCAGGGAUAGGGGGCACCUUCCAGUAUGGAUACAAUCUGACAAUCAUCAAUGCACCCACCAUGCAUAUCCAGAAAUUUGUGAACGAGACGUGGCUGGAGCGCAGUGGCCAGCAACUGGACAGCCAGGUCAUCACUCUCAUUUGGUCCAUCAUAGUAUCUGUGUACCCUCUGGGAGGGUUUCUUGGAGCACUGCUGGCAGGCCCAAUGGCAAUUAGACUGGGACGGAAGAAGUCUCUGCUGGUUAAUAACCUAUUUGUAAUACUCUCUGCAAUUCUUUGUGGAUUCAGCCGCUCUGCAAAAUCCUUUGAGAUGAUUGUACUGGGCAGAAUUUUAGCUGGUUUGAAUUCAGGAGUCAGUAUGAAUGUCCAGCCAAUGUACCUAGCUGAAAGUGCCCCUAAGAAACUGCGUGGCACGGUGGCUAUGUCCUCUGCAGUCUUCACUGCCCUAGGUCUUGUACUGGGACAAGUUAUUGGACUGAGUGAGAUCCUUGGCGGUGAAGAUUGCUGGCCUUUCCUUUUAGCCAGUAAUGCCAUCCCAGCUAUUCUGCAGCUUUUUGUUCUUCCAUGGCUUCCGGAGAGCCCCCGUUAUCUGUUGAUUGACCUGAAGGACAAGGAUUCCUGUAUCUGUGCAUUGCAGCGUCUGCGUGGCCACAGUGACAUUAGUAUUGAAAUGGAGGAGAUCCUGGCAGAGCAAGCAGCCACCAGUGGUCAGAGGCCAAAGAGCUUGUGUGAGUUGAUCCGAGAACCAACCCUAAGGAGGCAGUUACUCACUAUUGUAGUUCUCAGUUGUGCCAUGCAGCUGUGUGGCAAUGACUCGAUGUAUUUCUAUGCUUCGUCCAUAUUCCAGGAGGCUGGGAUACCACUGGAGAAAAUUCAGUAUGUUGUAAUAGGCACUGGAAGCUGUGAGCUCAUCACCUCAAUCACAUGUACUGUAUUCAUUGAUCGGGUCGGACGCCGAGCACUGGUGAUGGGAGGAUACAGCCUGAUGUCUGUUUGGGCUGUGGUAUUCAUGGUGGCAUUAUCACAACAGGGUGUUGUCAGCUGGAUGCCAUACCUCAGUAUGGUCUGUAUAUUUGCCUACAUCCUGAGCUUCGGCAUCGGCCCAGCUGGUGUCACAGGAAUAAUGCCUGGAGAGAUAUUUGACCAAAUGGCUCGGCCAGCUGCAUACAUGAUAUGUGGUUCUCUUAUCUGGAUUAUGCUAUUUGUGAUUGGACUGGCAUUCCCUUUCAUUUUGCAAGGCCUGGGGCAUUUUUGUUUUAUCCCUUUUCUUGUGGCUUGUGUCAGCACUUCUUUGUAUGUUGGACUCUUCCUCCCAGAGACCAAAGGGAAAAGCUUGCUGGAAAUAACAGAGGAAUUCACCAAGCACAGUGUCAAACGAAAAAAUGUGGCAAAUGGCUGGAAUGGACCUCAAGAGAUAAAAUCCACCAUGUUAUGAGGACUCUUUAUCAUAAAUCUGGAAUGUUCACAUAGCUUGGGUUUAGCACUGAGCUACUACUGCUGGAGUCAAUGUCACAUUGAAUAAGAUUACCAUAAUAAGAUUACCAGCACUCAUUGAUGCUGAGAGUAGAUUUAGGUAUAUUUAAAUUCCUUCAAACAGAACAUCUAAAUUGUAAUAUAAAGAGAUACAUUCUUGGUAACCUGACAUCAGAUGUAACCGCUGGAUUCUGGCACAGCUUGUAUGGCAAGUUCAGCUGGAAUGUGUUUGAUCGGUAUUAAGUCCUUUGCAAUUUGCACUAAAUUAUUUUUAGGUUCUGCUUUAAGCAAUAUUUAUUGUUGUAUGGAUGCAUCAAACUUUCAGUGUAAAGGCCAUUUCAAUAUUUGCUGUCCUAAUGGAUAAAAUGCUCCAAUGCAACUUCUCAUGCA